GUUGGGUGGGUGACCACCAGCGAAUCCCUUCUGUUGUAUGUUUUUCAUCUUCUAUGAUUUUUUUGUUGUUUAUGUCUAUAUGAUUUGUCUUGUUUGUGUCGUAGGCUUCUUUGAAGCGCUUGUUGAGAUGUUUGUCUCACUUUCUUGGGGUGGUUUAAGUCAAUGUAUUAGCAGAGAUAAAGCAUCUAGCGAUAUACAUGUCCCCAUACCUUAUGGGGCCGUAGUCUCUCGGUUGUGACUUGAUUAUAUUUCCUCGAGCGGUUCACAGCU